UUUGAAACUCAAAAAAUGUAUGUUAUAUCUCCACAGAGUGAUGCACGACUUUCAGCGGCUGAGACGUUACCGUCAGGCUCACCGCCGCGAAAUCGCACAAAUUGUCCCUCCAAGAGAGGGAGCGCGAUAUGGCCGCGCGGGAGGCGCGAUGUGCGACUAUCGAAUCGAAACAUGCUGCGCUGAUAGCACAACGAGAUACCGAAAUCGCAUCGUUACGGGAGCAUCUCGCUGAAAUGCAGGCGUCGGUGACGGCGCAAAUCCAUCAUGCCAUCUCCAAACGUGAAGACGAACUGCGCGCUGCUGUGCUUCGUCGGGAAGAGGAAGUGGCGGAAGCCAUGGGGAGACGUGAAGAGGAAAUAAUGGAGGCAGUGCGGAGACGUGAAGCAGAGGUGGAAGAGGCGUGGCAGCGACGAGAAGUGGAGAUUCGGGAGGAGUGCGCGAGGGAGAUGGAGGAGCGAUGGAAUGACGAGUGGGAGAAGCUCGAGAACAUGCGGGUGGAGGUCGAGGAACGAAUGACGAUGGUGGAAGAUGUACAAAAGCGAGGCGGUAAGCGCAAUCGCAGAAUCAACGCUGCUUGCUGUCUGACCUUCUCAUCGCUCCUUAGUCGGCAAGAAGGAGAAGUCGCCGCUGGAGGAAGUCAAGAACAUCCUUGCACCCCUUGCACAGCUGACGAAAGAAUCACAGCCCGUUGAACAAACCCCUGCUCGCGCUGCUUCACGUCGACCGAUCUCCGCCUUCGAAACCCCUCUCAAUCGCGCCGCCGUUAGAUCUAGUUUCCCGCCGCCAUCCGCGAUGAAAGGCGUGAUCCUGACGGAGACAGGUGAGCCCCUUGCGACGCCCACCCCAGCCGAGCUGGCCAAGUGGUUUGUCGAGUCGCCAAAGGGCGGCCUCGGCUUUGCCCAGAUCUUUGAUUUUGACAAGGAUGAGGAGGGGGAAGACGAGGGCGACCGCACACUCAGAUCGCCGUCGAAAUUUGACAGGGCAAAGUCGCUGCCUGUCGUCGGAAUGGGAUCAACACUGGCCUCUCAAAUGCCGGCUCCUCAGGACGAGAAGAAUCAGGCACCCGCCGCGCGCGUUCGGAGAACCUCUAUGAUACGGGCAUCGACAUCGCAUCCCAAGCUCUCCGAGUCAAGGCAGUCAGCCGCAUCGACUUCCUCCUCUUCCUCCUCCGCUUCUUCGUCAUCGUCGGUUGCACGCGCACCGACGCCGUCAGUGCCGCUCACGACUGCCACGUUAAGCGCCGGCCGUCCGCAGACGAGUCGAUCGGCAUCAACGCCCGCUGCGCCUCCCGUGUAUGACUUUACGGACGAAGACAACCUGCCGAGUCCGUUCCUCAAGAGGAUCGACCGCGAGAGGAUGGCGGCGACGGCUGCCGCGAGCAUCGCUCCCUCCAACAGGACCAAGAGCGCGCCGGCUGCGCCGGUGCGCGCGAAGCGGCCGAGUGGGGGCAAUCUACUUCGGGCCGUCGCUGCAGCGAACAGCAUCGCGAGCGCAACGGUCAGUCGAACAGCAUCGAGCGGCGGGGCGCUGGGGACGCUCCGAAGCGCAUCGGGAGGCUCGACUCUGAGCAGGCCUCCGAUCCGGCGAACGGGCGACGACGCACGGAAAAUGCUGGCGCGCACAUGACUCUCGGUGCACCUUGACCCACGGAUUCUUUGUUGCAUACUUCGACCUGACUUUUUUUAUUAUGCAUGUGCAUUUGUAUAUUUAUUUGCAUUGGCUUAUAUCCACUGGGUCAUAAUGGGCAUCGUUGCAUCUAGUACUUCAUUAUGUAGGGGCUUUGGGUAUUCGUUCAAACCGAUAUUAGGUGCAAUGAUAAUACAGGC